AUGAUUCUUACUCUGUUAUAUGGCUUUGUUAUUGAUGUGAUCUUCCUCUGUUUGACAGUUGGAAUUGAGUGUAGAUUUCAUAAAUACCAAUGGAAUGAAGAAUUCAAAACUGAUGGUCAUAACGAUUUUAGAUGUUUGGUUGAUAAGGAUAUUGAGACUAGCGCUCCCUUGUCUUUGAUCAGUAACAUUUCUAGGGAAGAAGACAUAUAUACUGGGGCACAAGCUGUUCCACCUUUUUCUCCUCGAAAACAAGUUCUGCUUGGGCCAAAUCAUCAAGCCAAUAUUCCUUUGUUGGGUAGGCAUAUAAAGAAGGAUAUUUUCGUUCAAAAUGGUGCAUCAGACACCAAUGAUAUUAACUAUGAAGAGAUUAUGAUGGGAACAUGUAUCAUUCCAAUGCCCGACUUAGAUAUUUCCGCAAAUAACAGUGGCAACAUUGGUGCUGGCAGGACUGACUGUGGCUGCCUGGAUAGGGGCUCGUUUAGAUGUGUGCAACAGCAUGUCAUGGUAGCACGGGAAAAUCCCCGAAAAUCCCUUGGGCAUGAAAAAUUUGCGCGGCAGGGGUUUUAUGACAUGGGAGAGGAUGUUGCACAUAAAUGGAGUGAAGAUGAAGAGAUAUUCCGUGAGGUUGUUUACAGUAAUCCUGCUUCAUUGGGUAAGAAGUUUUGGAAGCACUUGUCAGUGAAACGAGCUGUUCAGAACAGAUCCAGUGUUCUGGAAAUUGUCAGUGAUGAUGAUGAGUGGCAUGGAAGUCAACAGGCUUAUGUAGUUGAGGCUUCAGAGAAAGAUGAAGACUCUUCUGCUAUUGAGUCUCUUGCUGAUCAGGAAGGUGUUGCCUACCAUGAAAGUGAUUGUCUUGAUGAUGAUGAGAAUGGAAGUGAAGACGAUGACAAUGAUAGUAGUGACUCUGAUAGUGAUAGCUGUGAUGGACAUGUUUCAAAACCAUUUGGUGAGAGCAAGUUCAAUGCUGUUUUUGAACGAACAAACGAAGUUUCAGAACAGGUAGAGGAUUUAGAUGUACAGGAUGACUCGUGCAUGUCUUUUGUGUUUCAGCCAAACAUGGUCGACUCUCAUAGUCUGAUUGACACCAAAGGCUGGUUAACACGAUAG